UUCCACUUGCAAUAAUCUCACCAAACACAAUCGAUCAGAUGGGCGCAGUCAACUCUUCCUCCAAGUCCAAGGGAAGCCCCCAGAAAACCAUUAAAGACAAAACAUUAUCAGGAGUUGGCAACCUCAUCAGCCUCCUCCCGACCGGCACUGUCUUCCUGUACCAGUUCCUCAGCCCUGUCUUGUCCAACAAUGGCCACUGCAACACCAUCAACAAGUACCUCACCGCCAUUCUUGUUGCUCUCUGCGGUUUGUCUUGCUUCUUUUCUUCCUUCACAGACAGCUACGUUGGAGAUGACGGUAUCACACACUACGGGGUUGCAACAAGCAAGGGUCUUUGGCCCUCGCCGGAGUCUAGGAACGUGGACUUGCCGACGUAUAAGCUCCGGUUUGCGGACUUUGUCCACGCCUUUUUCGCGCUGAUUGUGUUUGCCAUUUUGGUGCUUUUGGAUCGAAACACUGUGGGGUGCUUCUAUCCGGUGUCUGAGUCCACUGAGAAGAUUUUGCUCCAGGUGCUGCCACCUGCUGUUGGCGCGGUUUGUAGUGGGGUCUUCGUGGUGUUCCCUAAUAAGCGCCAUGGAAUCGGAUACCCUGCAAGUGAGGCUUCGCAAGUUUCCAAGUCUGGUGGAGAAGAAUCCACGACGAAAGCCUAAGGAAGUUUGUGUUUGUGUUUGUGUUUCAGUAGUGUUUGUGUGUGGGUUUUCUUCUCCUUAUUCUUUACCGUGUUGCAUUAUACGAUUGUAGUCAUGCAUGUUUCCUUGUCUAAAUUAAGGUUUGACAUAUGUUUGCUGGCCGAGUGGCCGUCAAGUUGUGCCUUGUAAUUUAUUUAUUCCUCGUAACGAGGGUUACGUGUUUGGAUUC